AUGGACACCAACUGGAGUUCGCCUCACCAUUACCCUGGCAAGCCGAACACCACAUACGGGCCCGACUGGCAGGACUACUUCCUGGUCAAGGACUCGCUGCCCAACAUCACCUUUCCUCUGGGCCGCUCGUAUGCGGGCUCCAUUUCCACCAAGACACCCGGCUUCAAGAACAACUCAGCGUUCUUCUGGGGAUGGGAGAAGACGGAUGGGUCGAUCGUGUCCACCAACAACACCGACGAACCGUGGGGUAUGUGGCUCGCGGGUGGGCCCGGUUUCUCGUCCAUCGCCGCCAUGCUCCUCGAGAACAUGGGUCCGAUUCAGGCCAACGCGACCGGUUUCUUCAAGAACCCGUACUCGUGGACCCAAUUCGCCGAUUGGUUCUGGGUCGACGCGCCGGUUGGUGUUGGCUACUCCACCGUCGCUCAGGGUGGCUGGGCGACGGACGAAGAGCGCGUCGCGGCAGACUUCCUUGGCUUCGUCGACAACCUCACCAAGGUGUUCCCGGGACUGAAGACUCGUCCUUUCCAUCUUGCCGGCGAGUCGUAUGCCGGGAGGUUUGUCCCGUACAUCAUGAAGCAGUACUUCUCGAUGCCUAAGGACAAGCGCCCGAUUAAUCUUGCCAAGAUUGCGGUCAGCAACCCUGGCUUACAGUCGGCGAACGAGUUCGAGUUCCUUCCCAUCUCGCACGUCGUGGAGACAUACCCCCAGCUCAUCGGCUAUGACACCGAAGUCUAUGACUACGUUCGCGAGCAGACGCACCUCUGCGGCUUCGACCUGAACUUGACCUACCCUCAGACUGGUGGCAAGUUCGACACCAUUCAUCCCAAGAUCGGUGCCAUCGGCGGUAAACUCUCCGCACGUUCCGUGCCAGAGGAGGCGCCCGCUGCGCCGUACAAGCACCGGAGCUUCGUAUCUGAGCUGCGAGAACGAGCUUCUACUCGUGAUGCCGAGCUUGCCGGAGCUGAUGUCGAGAAGAGGGUGCCCAAAGGCUUCAACGCGACGUUGACGGGCAAGGUCAACGAGUGGUUCGGAUGCGACUUGCGCGACCUGGUCCUGAGCUACGCCAUCAACUACACCUACCCGUGGAACGCGAACUUUGGCGAGUUCGACUACUUGGAGCUGCCGUACAGCAUCAACCCCAUCACGACGUGGAUCCACCCGCACCACUGGAUGAACAACAAUGUCACCCGCAACGCGAUUCAUGCGCCACACAACGCCAUCUGGAGGGUGACAUUCGACUACGCUUGGGGCGGUAUCCCUGGUGCUCCCGACAUCAGCCCUCCUCCCAUGAACUUCAUGGACGACCUUGCCGCGAACGCUACCGAGAACAACGUCACCAUUAUCUGGUACUCUGGUAACGACGAUGCACUCACUACCCAUUGGUCCACCGAGAUCGUCAUCCAGAAUACCACGUUCGGCGGCAUUCAAGGUUUCACGGUCAAGCCCAACACUUCCUGGUUCGACGACGAGGGCGAGUACGCGGGCGUCGUCCGGCAAGAGCGCGGCUGGACGUAUGUGCUCCUCGCUCACGCCGGGCACCAGACGCCGGUCGAGAACCCUGGCAAGACGUUCGCGUUCGUGCGCCAGUUCCUCAUCGGCAACUCGACCAUCGGCCUCGUCGAGACGAAGGAGGACGGGAGUGUGUACGUGCACGAGGCGACUACACCGAGCGGCGCGGCGGUCCCGACGCUCCUGCCCGACGGCGUGCUCGUCGGCCAGAAGGGCAUCUACGACAAGGGCACGACGGUCACCUGGCCGAGCGCGACGAUUGAGGCGUGGGAUCACCAUCUCAGCACCGUCCUCGAGGCGUGGGCGGCGGCGACGCCGACGAGUAUCGCGGCUACGACAGAGCACCACACAACCAAGACGUCCUCGACCCACCACGCCUCGAGCACCAAGACCUCGUCGACUCACCACGCAUCGAGCACCAAGGCAUCCUCGACGCACGCCACGAAGACGUCCACGAAGACCUCGUCGACGCACCACACCACGACCACCUCAACCUCCGUGACGGCCUCGUCUACCAAGGCGUGA